UUCUUCCAGCAACAUGGGUGGUCACGGUCAUGGACAUGGUGCACCUUACAAGGUACCAGAUGCCAGCAUCUACAAAGUUGAAGAUGUACCCAAACUUGUUGAAGUAAGGGAAGCAUUGGCCCGUCAAGGUCUUAAGGAUCCUUGGUUGCGCAAUGAAGUCUGGCGUUACAAUGCCAAAGAAUUCGGCACCCAUGCCUCCCGCUUGAGAACAUUCAUGUUGCGUGGUUUUGUUUUGGGUUUGGGCUUGACUGCCGCUACCGUAGCCUUGGAAACUGUGUUCGGUGGUGAUGAUCAUCACGGUCAUGGCCAUGGUGAUGAGGGUCAUCAUUAGUGUGUACUAGUAAAAAUUAAUUAAUUUGUACAG